GGAUGUUUGUUUGUUUAUUUAUUUAUUUAUUUAUUUAUUUAUUUAUUUAUUUAUUUGAGAUAGUUUCUCUGUGUAGCCCUGACUAUCCUGGCAUUCACUUUGUAGACCAGGCUGUCCUGGAACUCAAUGAUCCACCUCCCUGUGCCUCCUGGAUGCUGGAAUUAAGGUGCUUGCAUUAGUGCAUCCUAAUGCCUCAUCGUCAUGUUACAGCAAAGCAUGAGGGCACAUGGAUGAGUACCGAGUGAGGAAGUAAGGACACUCCUGAGCAACAAAGACAGACAGACGGGACAAAAUUGGUACUUCAAGAUACCAUCUCUCCACAGCAGUUAAUCUUUCCACAUUUUUUUUCUUUUUUUUUUUUUCCUUUUUCUUUUUUUCGGAGCUGGGGACCGAACCCAGGGCCUUGCGUUUGCUAGGCAAGCGCUCUACCGCUGAGCUAAAUCCCCAACCCCAUCUUUCCACAUUUUUAAAAAGAUUUAUUAUAUAUGAAUACACUAUAGCUGUCUUCAGACACACCAGAAGAGGGCAUCCAAUCCCAUUACAAAUGGUUGUGAGUCACCAUGUGGUUGCUGGGAUUUGAACUCAGGACCUCUGGAAGCGCAGUCAGUGCUCUUAACCACUGAGCCAUGUCUCUAGCCCUUUCCACAUUUCUUGUAUUUGGUGUGCCCGUACACAUUGUUUCAUGUGUGGGGGUACCUCUGUGUGUGUGUGUGUGUGUGUGUGUGUGUGUGUGUGUGUGUGUGCGCGUGCGUGUGUGUAGGCUAACAGUUGAUGUCCAGAAUCUUCUCUUUUGCUAUUCCAGUUUAUUCAUGAAGACAGCGUCUCUCAAUCAAACCCAAGGCAGGAUGGUACGGUUAGUAUUGCAGGCUAGCUCGUUUUGGGGAUCCAGUGUCUGCCUUCCCAGGCUGAAAUCCCAAGAGGGCUGCCAUGCCCACUCAGCAUGUAUUCUGGGUAUCCAGUCUUAACUCCAGAGCUGAAAGUGCUUGAACCACAGAGCCAUCUCCCAAGACCCUGGUCAUUUAUUCUUUUUCUAUCCAUACUGGCCUGGAACUUACUAUAUAGUCCACGAUGGCCUGUAAAUCAGUGAGAUCCUCCUGCCUCAUUCUCUCAGCUUCUGAGAGUAUAGGUGCCCACCACAUCCUGUUGCCAUUGCUGUCAUUUUCCAAGUGCCUUUAUAACUUUGGGAAAGUCUCAAGUCUACAGGACAUGCUGAGGAAGGAUACAUGAACAGCAGCCCUGGUACCUACCUCCUCUCUGCACAUUGCUGCCCCAAGCCUUUUUACCUGGAAUACUGCCCAAAUGGCCCUGUGGCCACAAGCACUUCUUUGAUUCAUUUUUCAUAUUGUGUAAUUAAACAGAUGAUUAACUUCAACCCUUGCACCACAGAAACAAAACAAGAAUAUAUUAAAACGUUACAUUGCUUGACAUCGUAGCACACAUCUUUAAUCCCAGCCUUUGAGAAACGAGAGUCAGGAAGAAGAUCUUUGUGCGUUCCAGGCAUAGUGAGACCCUGUCUCAAAACGAAACAAAAAAAAAAAAAACAAAACAAAACCAUUCUAUGUUAGGCACUAGGUAGACAGAUGCUCAAGGGACGGGCAGGCAUGAAGGUGCGGCUACUACCAAGGACACAAGGACAGGACCAUGACGACCAGGUAGUCCAAGCUUCCAAGUGACACCCUGUCUCAAAAGGGGAUAGAGCGGAGAAUGUUACAAGAGGAAUUUAAAGAAUGGAGAAUAUAAUACAUAGUUAACAGCUAGAGAGAGAGAGAUAACAGCUUAAAAAAAAAAAAAAAAGAGGGAUGGAGAGAUGGCUCAGUGGUUAAGGGCACUCACUGCUCUUCCAGAGGUCCUGAGUUCAAUUCCCAGCAACCACAUGGUGGCUCACAACCAUCUGUAAUGGGAUCUGAUGCCCUCUUCUGGCCUGUCUGAAGACAGCUACAGUGUAUUCAUAUACAUAUAAUAAAAAAAUCAUUAAAAAAAAAAAAGAGAGAGUCCCUGGUAGGUUGAACAAGGGAUGAGUAGGUGGGGGGUGCAUUUGGAGAAGUCAUACCACAGUAAGGAACUGACUGCAAUGUAAUGGCAGUCACUAAAGAGUUCCAGUGUUUUCAAUAGAGCAUUGGCUGUUUGGAGGAAUAUUUAGAAAGGAGGUCUGGAUGGGGCAGUACACGCCUUUAAUGUUUGAAUGCUUUAACCAGGCUUGAGAGUUUGAGACCGAGCCCGGCUACACAAGAAAACCCUGUCUCAAAAAAAACUAAACAAAACAAAAACACUAAAAAGAAAGAGAAUCUGAAAUGUUGUAUGUAGUACAGCAAUUUAAAGACAACUUUGUAACAAGCAAAGGCUACAUCCCAUUUCUAACUCCACUCUGAUGUUACUCCUAAAGGUGCUUGAUACUGACACCAGGAAGGACUACAAGUUGUCUUUCUUCCACGCCAGUGUUCAUGGUGGCCCACAGCCCCCAUCCCCACCCCCCAAAUAAAAAUAAGACUAUUUUCAGUAAAACAAAACAAAAAAAUUCAAAGCACAGGUAUCCUCUGCUUUUGGACCUAGUUGACCCAGCAGCCCACAGAGCCUUUCAUAUUUGGCCCUUAUAUUUUUGCGGGUUCUCUUCUAAGCAGUGCCAAUCACCAAAAGUCAUGGCAGAAAAACUAGACUGGCUUCAUGAUCCUAUUUUUCAGAACUGAUUGAGGAAGGCAAGUGGAGUGUCAGGGCCAAGGAUUUACUGCAUUAGCUUUUUGUGUGUGUGUGUGUUUCUAUUACAUGUAUUUAUUUACUGGGAAGUAGAGGUGUGCCGGUGCUCCUCGUGGGAAGGUCAAACUACAACUUACAGGAAGACGCUAACUUUCUCUUUCCAUUACAGGGAAAGAACUCGUGUCUUCAGGUUUGGUCAAGUGCCUUUACACACUGAGCCAUCUCAGAUCCUCUUUAACUGUUUCCCCUACUCCCAUCCCUUCUUUCUCUGCAGCCCAUUCUCCAAGCAGCAGCCUUUCUUUAACCAUGCUACUCCUUACUGGCGAUCUCAGGUUGGAUCGGGCGUUAAAAACACCUAGUUGACCCUGCCCACCUCUAAAUCCUACGUCGAUUGGACUCCUUAUUUGCAUUCUCCUAGAGGCCCUAUCUUUUCUAGGCCUUUUACAAACCUACCUUUUCCUGAAAUGUCACCACCCAACUCUUCCUGCUUCCACUCCCCAAACGCUGCGCUCACCCAGCCAAGAAGUGUUGGGCGUUUAAAUUUCUGCCUCCAUCAGAAAGCAGAAACUCACUGUCAAACUACUUCAAUCUCCAGUUAAUAAAGAAUGAAUGAAGGUAGGCGGAAGGCUUCAGGAACAGAAGGUGCGUGUUUUAGUGUAUAAAACACGGCUAGCAACCCUUAUCUACAGUGCUGCUUAGUUUAAAGAAAAAAAACCCCACUAAUAUCCAAUAAAUGUGAGACGAAGUUAAAUCUGAUCGGUGGCCAGUAUGAAAUACAUUCCUCGUACGCCCGGGGGAAACGAUCACCCCCGCCCUAAACACGCUGAGUCGUGGCAGCCCGAGCGCCUGCGUGGUCCCUCCAAAGUGACUGGAUCACCAAAAAGCCUGAACCAUUAAGAAGGCCUCAGCGUUCACCCAGCCGUGGGAAGGAACCCCUUAUAGAAGGCCGGAGUAGGCCCAGCGGCCGCGGCCCACGUGCGCGACAAGCGCAGCCCCGUGCGGGAACGUUCCCUCUGCGCGUCCUCCCGGUACUCUAUGGUGUUCUCGGCCCAGGCUCUCAUUCUAGUUCCGGUCUCUAUGGCGGCGGAGGCCGGAGAAGCUGUGGGUCGGGCGAAUUAGUCGCUAAAGGUACCAAUGAGAGCACAGGAGCCGCGCAGCGUGAGCCAAUAGGUGCUAGAGACCCGGUCAGGUGGUGAGAUGGACAACGAUGUAGGCCAAUGGGAGAGGACGAGGGCGGGUCUACCGCGGGGCUUAUCCCGCCCGUCCCGCCAUUCUCGCUAGUUCGAUCGGUAGCGGGAGCGGAGAGCGGACCCCAGAGAGCCCUGAGAGCCCCACCGCCGCCGCCGGCCUAGUCACCAUCACACCCGGGAGGAGCCGCAGCCGUCGCCGCCGGCCCCAGUCACCAUCACCGCAACCAUGAGCAGCGAGGCCGAGACCCAGCAGCCGCCCGCCGCCCCCGCCGCCGCCCUCAGCGCCGCCGACACCAAGCCCGGCUCCACGGGCAGCGGCGCGGGUAGUGGCGGCCCGGGCGGCCUCACAUCGGCGGCGCCCGCCGGCGGGGACAAGAAGGUCAUCGCAACGAAGGUUUUGGGAACAGUAAAAUGGUUCAAUGUAAGGAACGGAUACGGUUUCAUCAACAGGAAUGACACCAAGGAAGACGUAUUUGUACACCAGGGUGCGGAGGCAGCUAAUGUUACAGGCCCUGGUGGAGUUCCAGUUCAAGGCAGUAAAUACGCAGCAGACCGUAACCAUUAUAGACGCUAUCCACGUCGUAGGGGUCCUCCACGCAAUUACCAGCAAAAUUACCAGAAUAGUGAGAGUGGGGAAAAGAAUGAAGGAUCGGAAAGCGCUCCUGAAGGCCAGGCCCAACAACGCCGGCCCUAUCGCAGGCGAAGGUUCCCACCUUACUACAUGCGGAGACCCUAUGCGCGUCGACCACAGUAUUCCAACCCCCCUGUGCAAGGAGAAGUGAUGGAGGGUGCUGACAACCAGGGUGCAGGAGAGCAAGGUAGACCAGUGAGACAGAAUAUGUAUCGGGGUUACAGACCACGAUUCCGCAGGGGCCCUCCUCGCCAAAGACAGCCUAGAGAGGAUGGCAAUGAAGAGGACAAAGAAAAUCAAGGAGAUGAGACCCAAGGUCAGCAGCCACCUCAACGUCGGUAUCGCCGCAACUUCAAUUACCGACGCAGACGCCCAGAGAACCCUAAACCACAAGAUGGCAAAGAGACAAAAGCAGCCGAUCCACCAGCUGAGAAUUCGUCCGCUCCCGAGGCUGAGCAGGGCGGGGCUGAGUAAAUGCCGGCUUACCAUCUCUACCAUCAUCCGGUUUGGUCAUCCAACAAGAAGAAAUGAAUAUGAAAUUCCAGCAAUAAGAAAUGAACAAAGAUUGGAGCUGAAGACCUUAAGUGCUUGCUUUUUGCCCGUUGACCAGAUCCACUAGAACUGUCUGCAUUAUCUAUGCAGCAUGGGGUUUUUAUUAUUUUUACCUAAAGAUGUCUCUUUUUGGUAAUGACAAACGUGUUUUUUAAGAAAAAAAAAAAAGGCCUGGUUUUUCUCAAUACACCUUUAACGGUUUUUAAAUUGUUUCAUAUCUGGUCAAGUUGAGAUUUUUAAGAACUUCAUUUUUAAUUUGUAAUAAAGUUUACAACUUGAUUUUUUCAAAAAAGUCAACAAACUGCAAGCACCUGUUAAUAAAGGUCUUAAAUAAUA